AUGUCGAUAACUCAGUUGUGCCUGUUGUCUUUCGGCCUUCUCCUCCAGGUCCUGCCGGUCCAAGCCAAACUCACCAGCGAGUCACCCUCGCAGUAUGGCACGAUAACACAUUCACAAAACGGUGCUGUCUUAAACGUCCUUUUCGACAAUAACAGCACCGAGAUCAACAUCUAUGACAACAAGAUCCAGAGCGAUCUAUAUGACUUGGUCACCCAGCUGCAGAACGACACAACCGUGAAGGUCCUUGUGUUUCGGAGCGCUAACCCGGAUUUUUUCUUGGCCCAUGGGGAGUUGACUGCCCGCGAAGGUACACCCAACUUUGCCCUAGACGACCCACGGAAUGAGGUCGCCAACGCCUGGCGCCUGUUUUACAACAUCACGGAGCUGCCCAUGGCUAGCAUCGCCGUCGUCGAUGGCCGCGCGCGCGGCGCCGGCAACGAGUUCGUCAUGUCCUGCGACAUGCGCUUUGCCACCAAGAGCAGCAUGUUUGGGCAGCCCGAAGUCGGCCUAGGCUUCAACCCGGGCGCCGGCGCCACCCAAUAUCUUCCGCGGCUCAUUGGGCGCGGACGCGCGCUCGAGUACCUGCUCACGGGCCUUGACGUCACGGGAGAGAAGGCCGAGCAGCUGGGCUGGGUGAACCGGGCGUUUGUGGAGGCCAGCGAGAUGGAGGAGUUUGUCGGUGACCUGGCGAGGAGGAUUGCGCUGUUCCCAAAUCUUGCAAUCGCGAAUAUCAAGGCACUGGUCAGCAAUGCGAGUCGGCCGUCGCUGGAAGACUUGGCUGAGGAGGGACGACGCUACCUCGGUGCUGCUUCGGCUGAGGAGGCGCAGGGUCUCAUCAACAAGACGUUGGAGCUCACUAAUGACGAGUCGCGAGGAUGGUUCGAGCUCAAUGUUGGGGAUCAUCUCCCUAAGCUUUACAACUAG